AUGGCUUCGUAUAGCAAACAGCAGGAGAUUAACUAUUCGGACAUGGAAAUAGAAGAUCCUUCGGAAAGAGUGAAAAAAAUCUCCAGAAUGGAGCUUUAUACUAUUAUCAAAGAGUUCAAAGGAAAGAAGAUUGAAGAAAAAUUUUCGCUGUUGGAAGAAAGACUUGUGCAACUAACUUCAUGUCCACCCAAAGAAACAACGGUUCUUACCCGUUAUUUAAAAUAUUUCAAGACCAGUUUCAAAGAAAGAUGGUCGGCAGCCCGUAAUACUGAUAAGAGAUUCGUAAAAAACAAUAUGGAAUGGCUUAAUGUAUCACUGGAACUACCUACUUGGACCCACAAAGCAGGCCGACCAACAAAAGAAUUCAGAGAAUUGUGUGAUCGAAGCAAGCGUCGAAGAACACAAGAUUUACGGGACCGGGUACCUGUUGAGGAAUUGACGUACGCUGCAAGAGUGAGUCAAGGUACUUCGGGAAAUAUUGAUGCGUCUAAGAUUAUGAAAGAAAUAACAUCAACGCCAACCAGAGCUAAAAUGUUCCGAAAAGCAAUAUCGUCAGCUAAAAACGUACCAAUUGUGAGAAAAUACACACCACAAGAAGCAUUAGCGUUAUUUGUAGAAGGUAAUUUUACAAGAGGGCAGUGGGAAUUAUUACAAGGUGGCCGAAAAGAAAUUUAUCCUUGCUAUUCGCUUUUACAAAAAGCGAAAAAGGAGUGUUAUCCCGCCGAAGAUAGCAUAAAAGUUACUGAAACUAGCUUCGAAGUGGAACUUCAAGCUUUGCUGGACCACACGGCUUUGCGACUACUUCAGUAUUUAAAAGAAGUGAUUGGAACAUUAUCAGAGUUGGAGAAACAACAUCUUACCUUAAUAUCAAAAUGGGGCUGUGAUGGAUCUAAUCAGACACAGUUUAAGCAGACAUUUUCCAAUACUGGUGACGAUGAUGCCAAUAUAUUUUUAAGUUCUCUUGUACCUGUGAGAAUGAUUGUUUCUAUUAAUGGAGAGACAAGAAAAAUUAUAUGGCAAAAUCCAGUGCCUUCUUCGGUGAGAUUCUGUCGUCCUAUCCGGGCUCGGUUCAUUCACGAAACAAAGGAUAUCACAAAGGAAGAAAUCACCUAUAUUGAAGAACAAGCAAGGAAUCUCAAAGAAACUACUGGUAUGGAAGUUUCGGUUAAAAUAAAUCACAACAUUUUGCUCACAAUGGUCGAUGGAAAGGUGUGCAAUGCCGCGACUGAUACGGCUUCAACAAUGAGAUGCUACAUAUGUGGACAAACAUCUAAGGACUUCAAUAAACUUGAAAUAGGUAAUGUUUGUGAAGAGUCUCUGAAAUUUGGACUAUCCAUUCUGCACGCAAGAAUUCGUUUCUUCGAGCUAUUGUUGCACCUGGCGUAUAAAGCGCCCUUACAGAAGUGGCAAGCCCGAACGGCAGAAGACAAAAAUAUUUUGAAAGAAACAAAACAGAAAAUACAAAAAAGCUUCAAAGAAGAGAUGGGCCUUCUUGUUGAUAUACCCAAAUUACAUGAACUAAAUUUAAAGAAGUAUAAUAAGAAAGAAGCAUAUUCAAUUCGUAAAGACUUUUCACCAGCUACUUCCAAGUCUGGCUUAACUUCAAGAUCAUUCAGAACUCUGACUAAACCGAAUGAAAAUAGAAAAAUUAUUCAACCUCCAAAAGCAACACAAAGUACCGCAAAAGUUCAAAAUCCUCAAAUAAUUUCAGUGUUUAAAAGGUUACAUAAACCCAAAAUAGUAAAUAAAGUAACAGUAAAUGAAGUGCAGGAACUGCAUACAGAUUCCGAUGCACACACAAAACCUCUACAAAAAACAGCACAUCCUGUUAAAAGAUCUAUAUCAGCAGUGCAUUUAAAUAAAGUUAGUAAAAGUCUCGAUAAUUGUAUUCACAAAUGGGAAUCAAUUGGUGAGAAGUUAAAAGAGACAGAAAAAGUAACAGAUAAAGAUGAGUGUGUCCAAUGUGAGAAAGUUGUGUCUGCUGUAAAAAGUGAAAGGAAGAGGGUGAAAUUUCAAACACCAUUUUCAGUGGACAAUCUUUAUAGAGAAUGGAGGCCGUAUUACGAUGGAUAUUACCCAGACCUAAAUACAUACGACGAAGGAUACUUACAUGAACUAAAUUUAAAGAAGUAUAACAAGAAAGAAGCAUAUUCAAUUCGUAAAGACUUUUCACCAGCUACUUCCAAGUCUGGCUUAACUUCAAGAUCAUUCAGAACUCUGACUAAACCGAAUGAAAAUAGAAAAAUUAUUAAACCUCCAAAAGCAACACAAAGUACCGCAAAAGUGCAAAAUCCUCAAAUAAUUUCAGUGUUUAAAAGGUUACAUAAACCCAAAAUAGUAAAUAAAGUAACAGUAAAUGAAGUGCAGGAACUGCAUACAGAUUCCGAUGCACACACAAAACCUCUACAAAAAACAGCACAUCCUGUUAAAAGAUCUAUAUCAGCAGUGCAUUUAAAUAAAGUUAGUAAAAGUCUCGAUAAUUGUAUUCACAAAUGGGAAUCAAUCGGUGAGAAGUUAAAAGAGACAGAAAAAGUAACAGAUAAAGAUGAGUGUGUCCAAUGUGAGAAAGUUGUGUAUGCUGUAAAAAGUGAAAGGAAGAGGGUGAAAUUUCAAACACCAUUUUCAGUGGACAAUCUUUAUAGAGAAAGGAGGCCGUAUUACGAUGGAUAUUAA